AUGCGGUUGAGGCGCGGCGCGUCGGCUUUUCUACUUCUCCUAUUACAUAUGAAUGGCACAUUCGGUGACCAAUCAUCGAACGAGAAUGCUGGGGGAGGUAAUGCAAGUCCCGAUGCAAACAGUGCGGCGGAGCCCUCGAGUGACCAGUUAGCUAUGGAGUCCUCAGAAAGGGAUACUCCAAGUCAUGCAUACAAUGGACCGCCACCACCUGUACCACCACAACUUAACAGGAGGCAGAAUCCAGCUCAUCAUCAGCCGCAUCAUGCAAUAGGUAUGCCAAGAAUUACAAACCAUCAUCCGAUUCACUCCAAGCCGUUUGCUCUCGGACCUCCUGUCAAUCACCACAAAAAUGAGAUUGGAACAGGUUUCCGUGGACCUCCACCACCUCCGGCACCUCCAGCAGAUGCUCAGACGUCAGCGAGUGACAAGGUUUUUAGCACAACAGGAGAUGUCUGGCCUGCACCAGCACCAGAUAUGCCUAAAAUUGUUUCACUAGAUGUGAAAUGCGAAAAAAAUGCUAUGCGGGUGUUUCUCAGCUUUGACAAACCCUUCUUUGGUAUAGUAUUUUCCAAGGGUCACUACUCGAACCACCAAUGUGUUCAUCUUCCACCUAAUCUAGGAAGAACUUCGGCCUCAUUUGAGAUCGGAGCUCAUGCAUGUGGCACUGCAGGUAGUGGUGACCCUAGAUACAGGGGCGAUGUAGCUGCUGCUGGUACAUACUUUGAAAACGUAAUUGUAAUACAAUACGACCCACAAGUACAGGAAGUAUGGGAUCAAGCGCGUAAGUUGCGUUGUACAUGGCAUGACCAGUACGAAAAGGCUGUCACAUUCCGACCAUUCCCUGUAGAUAUGCUAGACGUUGUACGGGCUGACUUUGCUGGUGAUAACGUUGGUUGCUGGAUGCAAAUUCAAGUUGGCAAAGGACCAUGGGCUUCUGAGGUAUCGGGUUUAGUAAAAAUAGGACAGACCAUGACUAUGGUGUUGGCAAUUAAGGACGAUGAUGCCAAGUUCGAUAUGUUAGUACGGGAUUGUGUAGCUCAUGACGGCCAGCGUGCUCCAAUUCAACUCGUUGACAGACGAGGUUGCGUUACAAGGCCUAAGUUAAUGUCGCGGUUUACAAAAAUAAAGAAUUUUGGAGCUAGUGCAUCAGUAUUGUCAUACGCUCACUUCCAAGCAUUUAAGUUCCCUGACUCAAUGGAAGUUCACUUCCAAUGUACGAUACAAAUCUGCAGAUAUAGAUGUCCCGAGCAGUGCUCUGAAAGUUCCAAUGUUAUUGCUCCGCAUGCUGAAUACGGCCCACCUCAGAUUGAUUCAUACCCAGUAGGAGUGGAAGUUAGGCGAGACGAAAGAAGGGUCAGGAGACAACGAGCAACAUCACCAGAAAAAGAAGUCGGGGUCAACAGAGUCAUUCGAGUCGUCUCAGCUGGUGACCUAAAUAUGGACUCCUCAGAUGAAAACUCCGCUCCACGUGUGGUACCGACACCCGGACUUGUUUGUAUGACUACUCCUGGCUUUGCUGCGACUCUUGGUGCUCUCCUAGUGACACUGAUAAGCUCAUGUGCCGUAUCAGCAGUUCUAUUCUUUAAGUUACGGCCGAUCAGUAAAUUGAAAAAGAAGACUGCUCCAAUCGCAACGAUAACUCGACCGCAUCCUCCUACAGGGCCAUGUCAUGUCAUUUCAAAGAGUCGAUUUUACUCGUAA